AUGGCCUCGGUUCUGGACAGCAGCUGCUCCAUGGAGCUGAGCGGCUGGAACAGCAGCGUGAGCAGCUCCGGAGCCUCCGUGCCCUGCAACCAGAGCGUCCUGAAGCUCGCCCCGUACUCCCCAGAAGCCACGGCGGUCUUCGCCACCGCCAUCACCUUGAUGGUCGUCUUCACCAUCGUGGGGAACAUCAUGGUCAUCAUCGCUGUCCUGACCAGCCGGGCGCUCCGGGGUCCACAGAAUCUGUUCUUAGUGUCACUGGCCGCUGCGGACAUUUUAGUAGCCACGCUCAUCAUCCCCUUCUCCCUGGCUAAUGAACUUCUCGGCUACUGGUACUUUAAAUCUCUGUGGUGUGAGAUCUACUUGGCUCUGGAUGUGCUCUUCUGCACCUCAUCCAUUGCGCACCUGUGCGCCAUUUCCCUGGACCGCUACCUCUCCAUUUCCAGGGUCACGUAUGGGCGUCAGCGAACUCCCAGACGCAUCAAAGCUGCCAUUGUGGUUGUUUGGCUCAUCUCUGCCAUCAUCUCCUUCCCUCCCCUGCUCUCAUUGAACAAGAGCGAGCCAGGGGAGCAGGGGACCGAGAGAGGGCCCCAGUGCCAGCUGAACGACGAAAGGUGGUAUAUCCUUUACUCCACCAUUGGCUCCUUCUUUGCACCAUGCGUCAUCAUGAUCCUGGUCUACGUAAGAAUCUACCAAAUAGCCAAGCAGAGAACACGCUGCCCACCCGGAGAGCCCAGGAAGGAUGGCGCUGGCUGUGCCACGCCAAGUCAUCCACCACGCCAUGCACAGGCCAAUGGGAAAAAUGAUGAAGAAAGCACACCCCCUUCUUCCAACAAAGCCUCCCAUGCCAGGCCCCCCACCCUUACCAUUGCCCCUUCCUCAUCUCAAGGAGAGGCUCUAACCUCCCAGAAUCCCACACCCAAUAAUCUCCUCCAACCUCCGCCCCAUUCUACAGCCAUGACCCCUGUCACAUCUUCCCUUGAUACCUCUCCCCACACCCCCUCACCCCCUUCCCCCGAGCCUCAGUCUGCCCCUGCCAAGACUAAAGAGACGAAGAAGAAGAAGGGCAAAAAGUGGGGAGGGAAAAAAGCUGACAAUAACAAUGGCGACAGCUCAAGCACAGAGAGUGAUAUGGAGCAUAGCCACGGAGGAGGUCGAGGCAGCCCUAGCAUGCCAGGAUCCCCGGCUGGAGGGGGCAUCCACUCCCCGGCCUCAGUCAAGCGGUACCAGGACAUGAUUGCCACUUCAAAGGGGGCUCGGCUGGUACCAGGGAGGAAGUCAAAAAAAGACAACAACCCUGGAGCAGCGAGGCGUAAAGCGAUGGUGAAUAGAGAGAAACGUUUCACCUUUGUCCUGGCGGUGGUCAUCGGUGUCUUUGUGGUGUGCUGGUUCCCAUUCUUCUUCUCCUACUCUCUACAGGCUGUGUGCCCGGAGACCUGUGUCAUCCCCGAUCCACUGUUUAAGUUUUUCUUCUGGAUUGGUUACUGCAACUCGUCACUCAACCCCGUCAUAUACACCAUCUUCAACAAAGAAUUCAGACAGGCCUUCAAAAAGAUAUUGUGCAGUGGCACCAAGGGUACUUUCUUUUAGCAUAUAAAUCCACUUUAUUGGACAUGGACAUAAAAAAAAUUAUAUUUCUGAGGCACAGGAAAAAAAACAAUCAUUUCCAUCUCUAGGAACACUGUAAGGGCUGUUUCAAAAAUAUGUUGAACUAUGGAAAUUCCAGCAUAAAAUUCAGAACAGAGUGGCACUCUUUUACAGCCACAGUGUGCGCAAGCAGGCAACGUGGACUGUGAAAUCCUGGCUCACAUCUGAUGCGCACAUCAUUUUUACAGGGUGUGGCUGAAAACAUGAGUCGUGGGACAGAGGUAGACAAUGAUAAACUGCUUACCGCCUCAGUGUUGCUGAUAAGAAUUUAAAUUCUAAGCUUUAUCUCCAUGAUCUCACUUAAUAAUGGAUAAUACCAGGAGAAAUAGCCGAAGAAAUAUAAUAGAAGAAAUACACAUAUGCUAGAAAAACGAAUUGAGAUCUCCAAGAAAGAAGGAAAACUCUUGAGAA